AUGUUCAAAAAGCGAAAUUUUGGUCAAAACGAAAAAAACAAAAAGUGAUCAGUCAAGAUAUUGCAGCCAGUGAAAGAGAGACAAGGCUUCUUUCUGUCGCCUUAUUCCACAAGAGAAGCUUUUGAAUAGCAGUAGGGCCAGAGUAUGCUUGAAACUUUCAAGAUGGACAGUAAAUAGCAGAGAAAGGAUAUUUUUGGCGCUCGAUGAUAUAGAAUGCCAUUGUAACUGCUUGGUACACUCAAUGUAAAGUGUGGAUUACUUGAAUGGAGUUCCCAGGCUGAUCACUUCUGUGUUUGAGGUUCUGCUGAAACUUAUUGCCUAUGCCAAUGGCGGCGAAAUCGUCCUUGUCUGUGGAGGACAAUGCGUCGAGAUUAGCUGCGGAAGACGCUGAAAAUCCAUUGUUGUGUGAGAAUAGUUCAAGAGUAUAUGUGGAGAACGUUUGUUUUGAUGCAACCGACAGACAACUCAAGAAAUUCCUCAGCACAUUUGGUACAGUUCAUAGUUGCGUAAUCCAGAGGCAUACGUCGAAAGGGCGCCUAAAAAAUGGGUGCCUUCUGUCGCGUGGAUACGCCUUUGUCCAGUUUGAUUGUCCUAGCUCAGCGCAGAAAGCGAUGGCAGCAGAUGACAAGCAGCUGAAAUUUCGACGACGUUACCUGAGAAUUUACCCAGCCAAGAGAAAAAGGUAUGGUGCUGGCAUGGAUUUGGAAAGCUACUAUGAAGAGCCUGGCCAGGAAAGUCUUGUGAUUGAGUAUCAACCUGUCAGCUGCCCUGGCCAGUAUCAGACGAAAGUGCCACCCGAAGACCUAGUCCAGGUCUUCCAGCUGCUUGACCGUGUCGACCUGCUGGUUUGUGCAUCGAUAUGCCGCCAGUGGUACCAUGCCACCCGCCUGACCUGGUCGGCUAUGAAGCAGCUUGUCUUUAGCGAGCACGACGCACCAUCUUCUGCCUGGUAUGCGCUGAACAGCAGCGAUGUGUUUCACUACUUGAGCUUGACCAGCUUUCAUCUGGAGGAGCUUGUCAUCAACCGGCGCUGUAAAAUGGAUAAGGAAGGCCUUAUCAUCAUUGGCAAAGCUUGCCCUCGACUGAAACGGCUGACGCUGACGCGUGUGGCGUACACAGCAUUUGCAUGGUACCGUCUGACUAAGAACUGUCCAUUGUUGGAGGAAGUGUGUCUGGAGGGCUGUAUUGAUGAAAAGUCCAUGCGCUCUCUGCUGCACAACAGUCCGCUGAAGGUUCUGAAAUUGUCUUGGUUUGUAGGCACUGGGCGUUCGUUUCGCUGCCUUCCACCAACGUCCCAGCUGGAAGUGGUAUCUUUCCAGCACUGUGAUCUUUUGGAGUCGAACAACCUGUGUCUGCUGCUUACACGCUCUCCCAGCAUCAAAUCUCUCAAUCUCUCCCACUGGUUCCUGUGCGAUGUGGAUUUCUUCCGGUGCCUGGGCAACUUGACACCCAGCCUGACAUCUCUCUGCCUAAGAGCCUCCACUCCGACUUCUUUGUUCUUUCCGAAUUUCCAUGACCCGGCUUUUGAAGUAGGCAAGUACCGCUCUAUGCCGCCACUACCCUCACUACUUCGUCUAGAUUUGUCUGGCAUACCCGUGCUGACUGAUGUUGUUUUGAGGGCCGUGGUGAGCAAGCAGAGUCAGUUGCAAGCUUUGGACCUCAGCGAGUGCGUAAGGAUCGGCGAUGCAGGGAUGGAGGCCAUUGGGGCUCACUGUCCUGACCUGCGUGUGCUGGACAUCAGCUUUGCGCAGUCAGUAACGUCAUCCGGGCUGUUGCAUAUAGCACGUGGCUGUGCCCUCCUGGAGGAGCUGUACCUUCGCAACUGUGAAGCACUGGAUGACUCAGCGCUGAUCAACAUCGUCACGUACUGUCCGAAUCUCGUAAAGCUGGAUGUAUCUGUUUGUUGGUGCUUCUCCAGGAGCUUAGCAGACACCCUGGAUGAGCACCGAAGGAGUCUCCCUGAGUCGCCGACUACUUUAGCUAUGACUGUUGGUGGCACGCUCAUAUCACAGCGUGAUCCGUCCCAGCAGCUUCAAACUAUAAAGCUGUCGCUUGCCACGACUGCUGUUGGUACAAUGCCAGUGGAUCACUUCCAUGUGUAUGGCUUCCUGGGACCUGAUAUUGAUGAUGGUGAUGUCAUUGGUGGACUUGACGACCCACUCGACUUUGGCUUUGCCGUUGGCCCAGAUUUCCUCGGAUUCCACGAGGACGAUGAAGAUUACGAUGACGACCUAGACUAUCUCUAUCAUCCUAACCCCAACCUAGACUGGGUGGAUGAAGAUGCUGGCUGGAUGGGACCUAUGGCAGACGAUGGCGAAGCUCUGUCGGAUGACGACAACGACGACGACGCUGCAGGUCGUGAUCUUUGGCUGGAUGAUAUGGUGCUUGGCUGGCAUGGUGGUGAUGACGGCGGUGGGGAUGGUGACUGGGUUGAGGACUUUGAGGAGGAUCCGUAUGGCGAGUUUGAUGGUGACUUUGGAGUGGAAUUCCAGCAUCCUAUUCACCUGAAUCUUGCUGGUGCUCAUGUUGGUGACAUGUCUUGGAACCAUGAGCAAUUGUUUUGGAAUGAAAAUCCUGGUGUUGAUUUUGUCGAAGCUCGCCAUCUUCUUCCCAGGAGACAGCACAGUAGACCACGGCACAAGGCAGUGCACUUUGUUCCGAGCAUCGGAAACUGGCUAUUCGCCGUUGCACUAGACCUGACUGGCUAUGGUAUACAUGCCACGCCACUGCUGGCUGCACAUCACCUUGGCUGGUCAGGUCUUGGAGAAUGGCUGCAGAAUCUGUGAUCUGUGUGUGUGCAUGUGUGUGUGUGUGUGUGUGUGUGUGUGUGUGUGUGUGUGUUGGUUCCUUCCUUCCUCCUCUCUCAGUGGCUACUGUUGAAAACUAACGAUAUAAUAACCAAUUCCACUGGGUUGAUUUUUUGAGCGAGUGCACAGAGUGUCUUUCCUUGCGCUGCCCUGACUUUCACACUGCCAACUUUGAGUUGUUUUACCAGCCUUGUAUAUAGCAAGUGUACAUACUCAAUCUUACUGUAUUUUAUCGUCAUGUCUCAUAUUCACUUUAGUGUAUCCUUUCCCUGGUGGAACAUAAGGUAAUCUUCACUUUUGCACAUGUUGUCAGUCCAACAUACUGGUUUAUGAUGGUACUCAUUUCGUAGCGUAUCUCAGUUCACUCGUAUUUAGCAUGCUUUGUGUUCUCCACAACCGACCAUAGUUUCAGUACUUUCAAACACAAGUGAUCGAUGAUUCCCUUUCCCAGUAA